AUGCAACCUACAACUAGCAGUAUAAGCCAAACAACUAAGAACACCACAAGCACAAUCAACGUCACACAGGGCACAUCUGCUGCAGCAGCUGCACCAACAAAACUAAAUAAUCGUUCAAGAAGGAAGAAGCCCAAAGAGCAAAUGCUGACAUCACAACAACAACAUUCGGAGGAAGGCGAUUCGUCACCUAAUGUCAACAAAACCAAAGAUGAUAACCUAGCGGAAACUGGCUGCGUGCGUUACGGCAAGUGCAAAUGGUUCAAUGUAGCCAAAGGUUGGGGUUUCAUUACACCAAACGAUGGCGGGCAGGAGGUAUUUGUCCAUCAGAGUGUCAUAAAAAUGGCCGGCUUUCGGUCGUUGGGUGAGCAAGAGGAAGUGGAAUUUGAGUGCCAACUAACUGAACGAGGCCUGGAAGCGACACGUGUCAGCGGCAGCAAAGGACUUGACUGCACUGGUAGUACCUUUCGACCGCGAACAAAAAAACGGCGGCGCGUACGUUGCUAUAAUUGCGGUAAAUUCGCUAACCACAUCGCAUCUUUGUGCCCGCAGGAGCCACAACCGAAACGCUGCCACAUAUGCAAAUCCGAAUCACAUUUCUUUGCCGAUUGUCCAAUGCGGCUGGGAUUAACUACUACUGCUGAAGCAGAGGGAACUUCACAUGACGAUAAAAGCCAGAGUGGUGAUGCAGCAACGUGA